UCGUCCGCGUCAUACAAUAACCUGAAAUUGCUGCGACCUCACCUGGAAGCCAAACGAAUUGGCAAUGGAGAGGUUGAAAGCUGCGCGUCGUCUCAUUCAUUACUCAUCAUCGAAGUUCCUCCUUGGUCCUCGAUCGAAUCCAACUUCCGCCGAGCAUCCGCUACGUCUCUCUUCCUCGGGCGUUUGUUAUUGGUGCCCAUAUAUUGCGGAUAAAAAGGGGAGAUUCGGAGGAACUCUUUGGGAUCCUACUGCGGGGACCGGCCUUGGAAAGACUAUCAGAAUCCAGAAUAGACUCUUUGGUUCAUUGGCGGCAACGAUUCAGAGGAACCCAUCAUUUUCGACUUUGAAUUCCGAUGAUAUAAGCUAUUUUAAGGGCGUAUUAGGCGAAAAAAAUGUCAUUCAGGAUGAGGACUGGCUUCUUUCUGCAAACACGGACUGGAUGCGGAAGUACAACGGGUCCAGUAAGCUUCUACUACAACCGAGGAGAACUGAAGAGGUCUCUCGGGUUCUUAAAUACUGUAAUUCCAGAAGCUUGGCUGUUGUACCCCAGGGUGGAAAUACUGGCCUUGUAGGAGGAAGUGUUCCUGUUUUUGAUGAAGUGAUUAUUAAUAUGGCUUCAAUGAAAAACGUCGUAUCUUUUGACAAGGUCAGUGGCAUAUUGGUAUGUGAAGCAGGGUGCAUCUUGGAAAACCUGAUUUCUUUUCUGGACAACCAGGGAUUUGUUAUGCCACUGGACUUGGGUGCAAAAGGAAGCUGCCAGAUUGGUGGAAAUGUUUCAACUAAUGCUGGUGGUUUGCGUCUUGUCCGUUAUGGAUCUCUUCAUGGAAAUGUACUUGGUAUUGAAGUAGUUUUAGCAAAUGGUGAUGUGCUUGACAUGCUUGGGACUCUAAGGAAAGAUAAUACAGGGUAUGAUUUGAAGCAUUUAUUUAUAGGAAGUGAAGGAUCCUUGGGAAUUAUAACCAAGGUUUCCAUUCUUACUCCUCCAAAACUAUCUUCAGUGAAUCUCGCUUUUCUUGCAUGUAAAGACUAUUCCAGCUGCCAGAAACUUCUACUGGAAGCAAAGAGGAGACUUGGGGAGGUUUUAUCUGCAUUUGAAUUUUUGGAUAAUCAGUCACUGGAUCUGGUUCUGAAUCAUUUGGAAGGUGUUAGGAAUCCAUUACCUCCCUCAAUGCACAACUUCUAUGCUCUGAUUGAGACAACUGGCAGUGAUGAAUCUUAUGACAAAGAAAAGCUUGAAGCUUUCCUACUUCGCUCCAUGGAAGGUGGUUUGAUUUCCGAUGGUGUUCUUGCACAAGACAUAAACCAAGCUUCAUCAUUUUGGCGUAUACGUGAGGGUGUAGCAGAGGCACUCAUGAAAGCAGGAGCUGUUUACAAAUAUGAUUUGUCAUUACCUGUAGAAAAGAUGUACAAUCUUGUCGAGGAAAUGCGAAUAAGGCUUGGUGAUUCAUCUAAAGUAAUUGGAUAUGGUCACCUUGGAGAUGGAAAUUUGCAUCUUAAUAUUUCAACUCCACAGUAUGACGAUAUGAUCUUAGCUCAAAUUGAGCCCUUUGUCUAUGAAUGGACAUCUAAGCACCGUGGGAGUAUUAGUGCAGAGCAUGGCUUGGGACUGAUGAAAGCUAAUAAGAUUUUCUACAGCAAAUCACGCGAAAGUGUGCAACUAAUGGCUUCCAUCAAGAAGUUGAUGGACCCCAACGGGAUACUGAACCCAUAUAAAGUUCUUCCACACUCCCUUUCUUACAGCUGAGUCCAAAGCUCAAUCGACCACACCCUGAGCCUGAGGUAGCAGCCAGCAACAUGGUCUGGUCUCAAGUUGAAGAAAGUGGACAGACCGAGCUACAGGCUAGUAGGAUGCAAGUCUAACUUCAUGGGGUAAACUACAAAAGUUUGAGAUGCUCUUUAGAGACAAGUAUCUGACUGCAGAAGAAAGUUGUAAUACAGACCACUACUGUGGCACUUGACAGAUUGCAAACUCCAUUCCAUGACAAUAAGCUGUGUGUUAGGGUAACUGAAAGUGAAAGGUACUGAAUACUCAAUGAAUAAAAGCAUGACCUAUGAAUCAGAGCCACUUUCAUGUUUA